ACGUCGUCGUACUGACUGUUUCUAAUUCAAAAAAUGAUACGUUACCAAUCUCUUAUCAGAAUCUUCUUCCUUCCGCACGGCGAACGAGCUCCGACUCUGCGAUCUCUCAGCUCUUUGCGAAAUUAGGGUUUUCCAAUUUUGGUCUUCUUACUUCCAAACGGCGAAGAAGCUCCGACUCUGAUGCUUCUCAGCUCUUUUUGGAAAUUAGGGUUUUCCAAUUUUGCAAUGGCUUCAAGAGACAACUCAGAAGAAGGCUCCAUAUCUAGACUUUUUGAAUCUUUGGGGUUCAGACAAAGUGAGGAUAAUGUUUCUCCCGAGGACAUAGCUUGGGCUGAUUCUUGCCUGAUUAAGGAUCCGGAAUAUUUGGAUAGUAACUGGAGCCAUCUGAGAGAUGCCUUGAUGGAAAUCCUAGAUGAUGAGCCUCAUUCACUUGUCUCUUCUACAGCUACAACUGUUGAUUUUGUUGGAGGAAGUGAUAUGGAGAGACUAGCUUCCAAUGAUGAGGUAGAAGCUGCAUGGAUCCCCGAACAAACUAAUGACAAUCAUUCCACUUUUGAAGAAUCAGAAUCAGAGAAUGAUGAUUCACCUAUCAAUAGGAAAAUCAUUGCUGGGCUAUUAAAAGGUUCUAAGAGGAAUCCCUUAAAGACUUCUCUACAAGAUGAUAUUCUGUCAAAUGGUGACUACCAGAGAGUGCUUGAAGCUAAUGAUUCAGCAGAUAUCACCAAUAUUCCAGCCGAGUUGAUGGAGCCAUCUAUUGCUGAUAUUUUUAGGGUCUGGGAUUUGGGCAUUCCGGCUGAGGAAGACGAGUUUGGAGAACAAGUUUUCCAGUUCAUGCCACUGUCUUCUGAUAAUAUAUUAUCUUCGAAAGAUGGCUCACUUGAUGAUUUAAUUGCUGCUGUCGGAGAUCUCUCCUUAAACAAAACUUGAAUGGAAUUGUUUGUUCCUGUCUGGUGGACAAUCUGAGGUUGAAGCAACUCUGAACUUGAAUACCACGGACCAAACUCCAAUUCAUGGCACGUGCCAUUCUCUUAUGCAAGAAAUCUACAGAACACUUGCUUGAAGACCGGGGAAGGCAGCUCAGGAUGCUUUGAUGCAAGAACUCUCCAGACACUCGUCAAAGGCUACACGUACUGAACCAUCUAUACCAGAACUAUAGAUUUCACUCGAUGCAUUAGAGGGCUUUAUAGCCACGGAAACUAUUUUUUGUUCACUGGUACAUGUACUUUUGGCCACUUAAUAAGCUUGCUUCUUGUUGAGAUUAGUUAGGCGUCUACAUAAAUGUUAACAUCCAAUAAAAUGCUUGGACUAAUUGCACCUUGAAGUAAGGUCAUAAGGUUAGGAUUCAUAUAA